ACAGUACUACUUCAGUCGGCGCUCCGCCGACCGCCGCGAUAGUGAACCUUUAUUCAUUAUUUAAAAAAGACGAAGAUUUCAACGACAGCGAGCCCAUACACUCGACUGGCUUCUAACAAAUUGUCAAACACUUCACAAUGGCCGAAAAAAUGGAAACUGUUCGGUUGCAGCCUAUGUCGAACGACACUGCUCCUACUAGUCCUGAUAAAGAUAACAAUACAGAAGAUUAUGACCCACAUCUUCAUCGACAGCUAGAGAAACCUACAAAUGACCUCGAGACUCUGGUGCAUUUGCUCAAGUGCAGUCUUGGUACCGGAAUACUUGCAAUGCCGCAGGCGUUCGCACGUGCCGGCUUGAUUACCGGCAUCGUAGCUACAGUUCUAGUUGGAAUCCUCGUCACACACUGCCUCCAUGUCCUUGUGCGGUCACAAUAUGCUGCCUGUAAAAAGCUUCAAGUACCUUUGCUCUCCUACCCUGCAGCAGCGGCCACUGCGUUCAGUAAUGGUCCUCCAUCAUUUCGAAACUUAGCAAGACCUUGCGCUGUCACCGUCGACGUAUUUCUUGUGGUCUACCAACUGGGAAUAUGCUGCGUGUAUAUUGUUUUUAUUGCUGAUAACAUCAAAAAGGUCUGUGAUCCUCACUAUGAAAUGGCCGUUGAAAUUCACAUGCUGAUCAUACUGGGGCCUUUGAUAGCUUUCAAUUUGAUUCCUACCCUUAAGUUAUUAGCACCAUUCUCAGCAUUAGCCAAUGUGAUGACCUUGGUGGGCCUUGGGAUUGUGAUCUAUUUUGUAGUCACUGGACAGAAGUCUACAGCGCCAUUGGACCUGUGGGGCUCUGCGGAAACCUUCCCAUUGUUCUUCGGGACCAUAUUGUUUGCGUUAACCGCCGUGGGAGUUGUGAUCGCGUUAGAGAACAAUAUGAAGACUCCUAAGUCGUUCGGGCGACCAUGUGGAGUGCUGAACACCGGCAUGACUUUUAUAGUGCUGCUCUACGUGGCAGUUGGUGCAUUGGGCUACGUGUUCUGCGUAUCAAAUUGCAGUGAUUCAAUCACACUAGACUUGCCGAAGGGUGAUCCGUUAGCGACUGCUGUGAUAUUGAUGUUUGCGAUAGCGAUCUUCAUUAGCUACGGACUGCACUGCUACGUGCCUGUUGAGGUGCUCUGGAAAGGCUAUCUCUUACCGUGGCUCGAAGAAACCGGGUCAAACCGCCUACGCCUCUGGGAAUAUACGCUCCGUGUUGCGCUUUGCCUUCUUACAUUCAUAUUGGCGGUGACGGUGCCCCGACUUGGAUUGUUUAUCUCGCUGUUUGGCGCCCUUUGUUUAUCCGCACUCGGAAUUUGCUUCCCGGCCAUCAUGGAAGCGUUCCUACAGUACCCUCGCAGACCACCCAUGCUUCUGGCGAAAGAUGCGUUGAUUUUUAUCAUCGGCAUCAUUGGCCUUCUAGCUGGUACCUACACCGCGUUGAUCAGCAUCGUGCGUUCUUUCCAACCUACACCCGUACUGGCUGUUGAGGUCGGACCUCAUGCGUGACCAUGUUGAUAAGUAAAAAGUAUUACCUAAUAACAAAUGCCAACCAUAAUACAUCAAGUGCCUAUUCGCACUCCAUUUCAUUUACUAGAAGUACAAAACAAACGCUUCAACUUAAAGUGCCUUUAUGCUUUGUGAAUAAUUGUGUUCAAUAUAAUAGUAUUAGACUUGGUUUUUAUUAAAAAAAAUAAGAGGAAUAUGUAAUCUAUAUAUGCACAACAGCGAUAGCUACGAUAGUUAAAUUUAGGAAUGUACUUUAUAUAAAAAUCUUUUGACUUUUCGAUUACAAGUUAUAACGAUAAUUUGUACUUAUCUGUCUCUGUAAAAUCAACAAGUAAAACUUAACAACCUAUUCGAAGGAUAUAGGUUUUAUCCACGUUUAUUUGUAGCUAGGCUUGAAUGUCUAUUUUUUUUUAAAUUACUAAAGUAAUAGAAGUCACUUCUAAAAUUGAAUAGUAUAUUUUAAUUUCAUUCCCGGGCGUUAAUUUUAUACGAAAGCAGCUAAUUUUCUUUGCACUGAUUGAACUGGCUAAUUUGCUAGUUACUGUCUUUUUUAUAGUAUACAGGAUUGUUUUGCAAUAACCGGUCAAAUUUGCAGAGAAGGUUCAGAAUAAGUAAUAUAGGCAAAUGGUAAAGAAAUAUUAAUAAACAAUCUCAAACAUUUUGUCCCUUUUAUCUUUUAAAUUCAAAAUAUUCGAUCGGUAGGUAAAAACGUUGUUGCCCAUAAAUAACAUUCAAUUUUGGAUAGUUUCAAAUAAAAAUAUAAGCCUUAUUUACUCGUGUUUUCAAAAAAUGCAAUAAAGGUAUAUCAUUAUUUAUAUAUUUGACGUUAAGUUUAAAAUUUGGCUACUCUAUGAAAAAUAAGCCUGUAUAUAGCAGAAACUAAAUUAGUGCUUUAUUCUUUUUUUAUGGAUAUCACUAAUCAAAAACCUAUUUGACUAUUUUCAUUUGGUAAUAAAUAGGCCAAUUAAUAAUUGUUGUUAGAGUUAAUAUUACAUUCUGGAUCUUAUUACAUGAAUAAGUUUUAAAUGAGUACAACGACGAUAUAGGUCGUGAAAAGUUUACUAGAAACCUACAAUUAAGUUUUUUGAUAAUAAAUUUAUC